AUGUAUCACUAUGAACAAGACCGUAGUGCACUUAAGAAAAGGGAAUGGGAGCGGAGGAAUCAAGAAGUCCAGCAAGAAGACGAUCUCUUUUCUUCAGGCUUUGAUCUUUUUGGGGAGCCCUACAAGACAAACAAAGGUGAUGCACUUGCCAACCGAGUCCAGAGCACGCUGGGAAACUAUGAUGAAAUGAAGGAUUUGCUAACUAACCAUUCUAAUCAGAAUCAUCUAGUGGGAAUCCCAAAGAAUUCCGUGCCCCAGACUCCCAUCAACAAAAAUGAACCAAGCUUUUUCCCAGAACAAAAGAACCGAAUGAUCCCACCUCAUCAGGAUAGCACUCACUCCUCGGCGCCAAUGCCUCCACCUUCUGUUGUGAUACUGAAUUCAACUCUAAUACACAGCAACCGGAAGUCAAAACCUGACUGGCCACGAGACAGUCAGAACACUAGCAUUGUACCGGCCAGCCAGGCUGGGAGUCAGCCCAACAAGAUGCAGCCAUCAACACAGGACCAGCCCCCAGCCAGACUGGAAGACUUCUUUGUCUACCCAGCUGAACAGCCUCAAGUUGGAGCAGUUGAAGAGUCAAACCCACCUGCAAAGGAAGACAAUAAUCUCAAGUCCAAUGGAGGGGAUACUUUCAAAGAAAUCUUUCAGUCCAACUCACCAGAAGAAUCUGAAUUUACACUGCAAGCGCCUGGGUCUCCCCUAGUUGCCUCCUCUUUAUUAGCUCCCAGCAGUGGCCUUUCGGUUCAGAACUUCCCACCAGGGGUUUACUGCAAAACAAGCGUGGGGCAGCAAAAACCAACCGCAUAUGUCAGACCCAUGGAUGGUCAGGACCAAGCCCCGGACAUCUCUCCCACACUGAAACCUUCGAUUGAAUUCGAGAACAGCUUUGGGCAUCUGUCGUUUGGAUCACUCUUGGAUGGCAAACCCAGUGCACCCGGUUCAAAGACUAAACUGCCAAAGUUCACGAUUCUCCAAACGAGUGAAGUGAGCCUUCCCAGUGACCCAGGCUGUGUUGAAGAAAUCUUGCGGGAGAUGACCCAUCCCUGGCCUACUCCUCUCACUGCCAUGCAUACUUCUGGAAACUCUGAGCAGAGCACAUUUUCCAUCCCAGGACAGGAAUCCCAGCAUCUGACCCCAGGAUUCGCCUUACAAAAGUGGAGCGACCCGACCAGCAGAGCUUCUACAAAGAUGCUUGAAGACGACCUGAAGCUGAGCAGUGAUGAAGAUGACCUUGAGCCCGUGAAGACCUUGGCCACUCAGUGCACUGCCACUGAGCUCUACCAGGCUGUUGAAAAGGCAAAAUCUAAGAAUAAUCCUGUAAACCCGCUCCUGGCCAUGCCUCAGCCCACACCUGCAGCGCCAGCCAGCGGGGGAUCCGGCAGCUCCAGUGACUCUGAGAGCAGCUCAGAGUCAGACUCAGACACUGAAAGCAGCACCACUGACAGUGAAGCCAAUGAGGCGCCGCGCGUGGCCACGCCAGAGCGUGAGCCGCCCUCCACCAACAAGUGGCAGCUGGACAAAUGGCUUAACAAAGUGACAUCUCAGAACAAGUCGUUUAUUUGCGGCCAAAAUGAAACACCCAUGGAGACGAUUUCUGUACCUCCUCCAGUCAUACAGCCAAUGGAAGUCCAGGUCAAGGUGAAGGAAAACCCCAGCCAGGUCCUGGCUGAACCCAAAGAGAGGCCUCUCCUCAGUCUCAUCAGGGAGAAAGCCCAUCCACAGCCCACCCCGAAAAUUCCAGAAACAAAGGCUCUGAAGCAUAAAUUGUCGACAACUCUCGAGACAGCAUCUCAAAGGACAAUUGGGAAAAAACAGCCCAAGAGGGUCGAGAAGAACCCCAGCAUUGAGGAAUUUACCUGGCCCAAACCAAAUAUCACCAGCAGCACUCCCAAAGAAAAGGAAAGCAUGGAGCUUCCUGACCCCCCGAGAGGCCGCAACAAAGCCACCGCCCACAAGCCGGUGCCCAGGAAAGAACCGAGGCCCAGCGUCCCCUUGGCUGCCGAGAAGAAGAAGUACCGAGGGCCUGCCAAGAUCGUGCCGAAGUCCCGGGAAUUCAUUGAAACCGAUUCGUCUGCGUCUGAUUCCAACACAGACCAGGAAGAGACCCUGCAGAUCAAAGUCCUGCCUCCUUGCAUGGCUCCUGGGGGCAACACUGCCAAGUCCAAGGACACCUGCGGGGCCAGCCUGACCCUCAGCACCUUCAGCAGCGGCAGCAACCCGCCCGUCCCGACUGAGGAGCCUACUUUUUCACCCAUUUCUGUCACGCAAACCGAGCUUCUGUCUCCUCUCCGAGAUCACGAGAAUCUGAAGAAUCUCUGGGUGAAGAUUGACCUCGACCUACUGUCUCGAGUGCCUGGCCACAACUCACCGCAAGCGGCGCCGGCCAAGCCAGACCACAAGGAGACAGCGUCAAAGCCCAGGCGGCAGGCAGCUGCCGCGGCUGCGGAUAAACCCGCCCCCAAGGGCAAGCGUAAGCACAAGCCAACAGAAGUUGCGGAGAAAAUCCCUGAGAAGAAGCAACGCCUGGAGGAGGCGGCCACCAUCUGCCUGCUACCACCUUGCAUCUCACCAGCUCCCCCCCAGAAGCCUCCCAGCACUAAAGAAAAUAAUUCAUCCAGGAGAGCAAACAGAAGAAAAGAAGAAAAACUGUUUCCCCCUCCACUUUCCCCACUGCCAGAGGAUCCUCCACGCCGCAGGAACAUCAGCGGCAAUAAUGGUCCCUUCAGUCAAGACAAGACCAUCCCUAUGACCGGACAGAUCACCUCGACCAAACCUAAGAGGAGUGAAGGCAAAUUCUGUGCUACUUUCAAAGGGAUAUCUGUAAAUGAGGGAGACACUCCAAAAAAGGCAGCCUCUGCCACCGUCACUGUCACCAACACUGCUCUUGCCACUGCCACUGUCACUGCUACUGCCACUGUCACCGCCACUGUCACGGCCACUGCCACGGCCACUGCCACUACCACUACCACUACCACUACCAUUUCCACCAUCACCUCCACCAUCACUACUGGCCUCAUGGACAGCAGUCACCUGGAGAUGACAUCCUGGGCGGCCCUGCCCGUUCUGUCCAGCAGCACUACCAAUGUCCGGAGACCCAAGCUCACUUUUGAUGACUCGGUUCACAACGCUGAUUAUUACAUGCAAGAGGCGAAGAAGCUGAAGCACAAAGCUGAUGCACUGUUUGAGAAAUUUGGCAAAGCCGUGAAUUAUGCCGAUGCAGCCCUGUCCUUCACCGAAUGUGGCAACGCGAUGGAGCGCGACCCUCUGGAAGCCAAGUCUCCGUACACCAUGUACUCAGAGACUGUGGAGCUUCUCAGGUAUGCAAUGAGGCUGAAGAACUUUGCAAGCCCCCUGGCUUCGGAUGGGGAGAAAAAGCUGGCCGUACUAUGCUACCGAUGCUUAUCACUUCUCUACCUGCGGAUGUUCAAACUGAAGAAGGACCACGCCAUGAAGUACUCCAGAUCACUGAUGGAAUAUUUUAAGCAAAAUGCUUCAAAAGUCGCUCAGAUACCAUCUCCAUGGGUAGGCAAUGGAAAAAACACUCCGUCCCCAGUGUCUCUCAACAACGUGUCUCCCAUCAACGCAAUGGGGAACUGUAACAACGGCCCGGUCACCAUCCCCCAGCGCAUUCACCACAUGGCCGCCAGCCACGUCAACAUCACUAGCAACGUGUUACGGGGCUACGAACACUGGGACAUGGCCGACAAACUGACAAGAGAGAACAAAGAAUUCUUUGGCGAUCUGGACACGUUGAUGGGGCCCCUGACCCAGCACAGCAGCAUGACCAAUCUCGUCCGCUACGUUCGCCAGGGACUGUGCUGGCUGCGCAUCGACGCCCAUUUGUUGUAGUGGGCGC